AUGGGCGAUAGAAAUGGACAAGUAGUAGCUGGUGGCAAUGGCUACGGAAAUCGAUUGGGUCAAUUGAAUUGGCCAACCGAUGUAUUGAUUGACAAAGAGACGGAUAGUCUCAUUAUUUCUGAUCGAGAGAAUCGACGAGACGUACGAUGGUCUCGUCGUAGUGGUACAACUCAAGGAGAAAUCCUCAUCGACAACAUCCUUUGUUUUGGAUUGGCCAUGGAUGAUCAGAGAUAUCUCUACAUCUCUGAAGUCGAAAAACAUGAAGUAAGACGAUAUCAAAUAGGAGACAAGAAUGGAACUAUUGUGGCUGGUGGCAAUGGCAAAGGUGCUGAUCUCAAUCAGCUCAACUUUCCGACCUUCGUCUUUGUCGAUCAACAACAGACUGUCUACGUGUCAGACUACGGAAAUCAUCGUGUAAUGAAAUGGAAUAAAGGUGCAAAAGAAGGAAUUGCCGUCGCUGGAGGUCAAGGCCAAGGGAAUGCUCUGACACAAUUGUCGCAUCCUAGUGGACUGUUCGUCGAUACAUUGGGUGCCAUCUAUGCGGCAGACUCGGAGAAUAAUCGAGUGAUGCGUUGGCCUAAAGGAGCGAAACAGGGCACUGUUAUUGUGGGUGGAAAUGGUUACGGAGAAGGAGCAAAUCAGUUCAACGGUCCCUGGGGUUUGUCCGUCGAUCAACAUGGUAAUCUCUAUGUCGUCGAUAAGAAUAAUCAUCGUGUUCAACGCUUUUCAAUCGAAUAG